AUGGUCGCCGCUAUGGAACCAGUUCCCCCCCCUCAAGCGAUUCCGUCUGACGCGAAAACCGCCGUGGUUGUCAAUGGCACAGAAAAGCCUACCGCGAUUAGCAACACCCCCAUAACCACAACCAGUACGGGUAAGGCUGUAAAGAAGGGGAAGAACCAGCUCCGACGCGAGAAGAAGAAGCAAAGGAAGGCACAGGAGCGGGAAGGGAGUGUAGUCACAGAAUCUGAGAGUGAAUCUGAAUCGGUUGCAGUCUCUUCGAAUGUGCGGCUUAAUCUUGUCCCGGAGAGCACUCCUGACUUCAAGAGCAGCGAUUUGGAAUUAGACGAGAGCGACCCGAACUUCGCCGAGUACCAAAGGAUUCUCCAGAAAUUUAACGCUGUCGAUGAUGCCAAAGCGAUUGAGGACAAAGGCGAGAUCAUGGGCCUUGAAGACGACAUGAUACCUGACGAACCUGAAGAGAAUCCUGAUGUUCCGAAGCUCUCGAAAAAGGCGCGAAAGGCCAGAGACAAGCUCAGUGUUGCCGAGCUCAAGGCACUCGUUAAACGUCCCGAAACAGUGGAAUGGACCGAUACCUCGGCCCAAGACCCCCGCCUCCUCGUUCAUCUUAAAUCGUACCGCAAUUGCGUACCCGUACCUAAUCACUGGUCACUCAAACGCGAAUAUCUUUCGUCAAAGCGAGGAAUGGAGAAACCCCCCUUUGAAUUACCGAAGUUUAUUAGGGACACAGGUAUCAUGGAGAUGCGAGACUCAGUGAAGGAAAAGGAAGAAGCUCAAACAUUAAAAUCUAAGAUUCGGGAACGUGUUCAGCCAAAGAUGGGAAAAUUAGAUAUCGACUACCAGAAGCUUCAUGAUGCGUUCUUUAGAUUCCAGACGAAACCACCAUUGACGAUGUAUGGGGAGAUUUAUUACGAAGGGAAGGAAUACGAGACCAAUCUCAAGGAUAGACGGCCCGGCGAACUAAGUGAGGAACUGAAGGAGGCACUGAACAUACCCCCAGGCGCUCCGCCACCAUGGCUUAUUAACAUGCAGCGGUUUGGACCCCCGCCUAGCUAUCCGAGCUUGAAGAUUCCAGGUCUGAACGCCCCGAUCCCAGCAGGCGCACAGUGGGGUUUCCACCCAGGUGGUUAUGGAAAACCGCCCACGGACGAAUACAACCGUCCACUCUAUGGAGAUGUGUUUGGUGUCCUGCAGGCACAAGCGCCCACGCAAACAGGUGAACCUGUAGAGAAGACAUUGUGGGGCGAGUUGGUACCAGAGGAAGAUGGCUCCUCUUCAGAGGAGGAAGAGGAUGAUGAAGAGGAGGAAGAGGGUGAUGAGGAAUUUACAGAGGGUCUCACAACCCCGAGUGGAAUGGAUACACCCUCCGGGAUGGUCUCAGCCGUACCCAGCGAAUUCGAGCCUGUUGAUGGUGGGUUUGAGCUGCGGAAGAGGAGGGACGGAACAGAGACAGAGGAAGACACGGUUCAGAAGAGUCUUUACACUGUGCUGCCUGAACAAAACAUCCGUGCCAAGGGUUUCUUCGGAGGGGAGCGCGCUUAUGAUAUCUCAAAGGCGACUCGCACAGAUCUACCCGUGCUAGGACAAGAAGACCGAAAGCGCAAGAAACCUGGUGACAUUGAGGUAACAUUGGAUCCUAGCGAGCUUGAAAACUCGGACGGCCUGAGCAGUGAAGCUGUAAAGGCACAAUACGAAGCGCAGCAGGAAGCCCAAAGAAGGGAAAGUCAAGGGUUCCAGGAGGACUUGAGUGACAUGAUCGCAGCAGAGAGUAGGAAGAGGCAGAAGAGAGAUGAGGAGAACGCGAAGAGGAAGAAAGACAAGUACAGGUUUUAA